GAAGCAGAGAAUAGCCGAGUCAUUCAAAGAUGUGGAGCCGACUGAUAUGUCGUGCCUAACAGAACACUGUAAAGCUGCACUCUCUCUCUCUCUCUGCUCAUAUAUCCCUGAGAACUCCUUUCAUGUCCUUCAUUCUCUCUCUCUCUCUCUCCAUAAAAGGACCUUUGCUUCCCUCUCACGACCCAUACCCCUUCUUCACACUCUUCCUUCGCCACCUUCCAUUAAAUUCUUUAUACUCCUUUCUUUAUCUCCUUCUUAUUUUCUCCCACCAAAAUGCUAUCAGAUUCUUCCACUGAAACUCGAAGAUUAACCAAAACCCAGAACCCUGGAGCUCCACCUCCGGAACAAGAGCACCUCCCUUGCCCUCGCUGUGAUUCCACAAAUACCAAGUUUUGUUACUACAAUAACUACAACUUCUCCCAGCCUCGCCACUUCUGUAAGUCUUGCCGCCGUUAUUGGACCCACGGCGGCACCCUUCGGGACAUUCCUGUUGGUGGUGGUACCCGGAAGAAUGCUAAACGUUCACGUACUGCUGCUACUGCUACUAUGGUAGGUCCUAUCACUUCCACCACAAGUGAUAAUCUCCCAUUACCCGCUACUCCUGUACUGGAGCCGCUUUUGACCAAUCAAGGAACUUCUGUACAGUUUGGCUGUGGUGGUGGUGGAGGCGACGGGAAGGGUGGCGGGAGUAGCACCAUGGGUGGUUCUACUAUGUGCGGGAGCUUUACUUCUUUGUUGAAUACUCAGGGACCUGGGUUUUUGGCGCUGGGAGGAUUUGGAGUUGGUCUAGGGACUGGGUUUGAAGACAUGGGCUUUGGGCUUGGUAGAGGAGUGUGGCCUUUUCCUAGUGUGGGAGACGGUGGCUCAGUUGUUGGUGGCCACGGUGGUGCUGGAGGAGGAAUAGGAAACACAUGGCAGUUUGAGAGUGGAGAUAAUGGAUUUGUUGGUGGGGAUUGUUUUUCGUGGCCUGAUCUAGCUAUUUCAACGCCCGGAAAUGGUCUGAAAUGAUAUUGUUCUUUGUCUUUUCUUCUGGGUUUUGGCCCAUUUCUUUAGAAAGCCUUAUUGGUUUGAGGGUUUAGUUAAUUAAUAUUAGUAAGUACUAAAAGGAUAAUUAGGUUUGAAACUAGAAGAGAAAUGUGACUUUUCUUCUUCUUCUUCUCUAUGCCAUGUGAUUUUGUUAGUUUUAUUUUUCUUUUCUUUUUUUUAAAAAAAAGUUAACAUGGUACCAUAUUUGGCUACAAAUACCUUUGAUGGGUAUAUUAGAUGCCGUGCUUAUAUGAUCAGUGGCUAGAUGGAGCACACUAAUCAGGCAUUUCAUCGCCUUUUCUUUUAUUUUCUAGGAAUUUCAUUCGAGGAAAUUAAUGCAGUAUAGUUGGAUCAA